AAUAAAGAUAAUUAUGUAUGUACAACUUCAAACAAGACCAUAGGUGCCUGUGGUGGGGAUUGGCUAUUUUGUCUGCCCUGCGUUGUGCCUAAAAGCGCAUGAGCAGCUCUUGAACGUAAAUAAAAAGCACAAGCAAAAAUCAUGGCCACACUCAAAACUGCGUUGUGCCUCCAAACAACAUUUAAAAAAAUACAUAUCUUGCAAACAGGAUGUGUCGGUUGGAGCCGCAUUACCGCAAGACAAGCAAGCACUUCAUCCGAAGUUUCCACCGCUCUAAGACCUUUUUAUUUUGCUGUUCACCCAGAUUUAUUUGGCCAGCAUCCUAAAGAGAGGGCGGUGAAUGAAGCUGCAUUGCAACAGCUUAGUUCCUACAUUGAGACCGUACUUCAAAGCCGGACACCCAUCCCAACCGAGUUGAGGUUCUACCUCAGAGGAGAUAGGAGCAGUCAAACAACUUUACCUCUCAAAGAGGUUAGGCUAAAAUUAAAAUCUCGAGAUCUCCGUCAAGUCGUGACAAGCGUCUUAAGCUCGUGUUCACUGCCAACUUCAGCAGCUGACAAAAUUAAGAACUUGGAAAAACCAAAGGCUGAUAAUCCUUUUGAGAGAGAAUAUCCAUUUGAAAGGGAUUAUACAAAAAAUAGAAACGCUAGUGCCGACUUUCAGUUCAGAGAAGAAAUUCGGCAAGAGAGGGCAACAUUCACACUAACAUCGUGGCUCCAAAGAAACAAAGACGAUGCAAAAGUGCGACAGGAGGCUGCAGCGCCAGUGCGAGAGGAGGCACUUCGUCGUAGUCAAGCACUUGCAAAAUCUCUUCAAUUGAAAGAGGUUAAAUGGGAUUGUGGAUGGAGCAAUGCCCACUUCAUUGGUUGCCUUCAGAGCCUCCACACCUUGACUUCUGACCACCCAGAUUUGUUCGAAGCUUUAAAAGGGAGAAGACUGGUAUUUGGAAACGAAACCGGUGUCAGUUUAGAUGGACUUGUUAUGAUUAACAGUGCGGAACCUCGACACAAUUGGCUUGAGUUGGUCAAGCAGAUUCCUAAGGCUGAUGCAGCUUUGAAGAGAAUUCCAAGUUUGGAAGGAGCUGUUUCUGGUCUCUUAAAAGAAAUUAAGGUAGUUCGACGAAAAUUCCAGCAGAAAGUUCUAGUUUCCAACUACGAAGGACAACUUAGAAGAUUAGCAACAAAUCUAAAUGAUUACAAAGGGUUCAGAAAUUACCCUGCUGAAUGGCCUUCAACUUUGGAGCAGUAUCGAUUGGUUGUAGAAACUGCUGCUGGACCUUUAAUGCUGUCACCGACUGGGCAAUUUAUUGUUCCAUCGUCCUGUCCUGCUUCAUUAUUAAUUAAUUUUCUUUCAUCCCACUUAGAGAAGGCACAAAAAGUUCUUGAAAAAUAUCAAAGCGAUAAAGCUUUAGAGAAAAUCCUAAGCAAACAAGUUACGGUUCACCUGGGUCUAGGUGCUUUAAGGAAAGACGACGCUGUUACACCAGAACGAAUGAUAAAAUGCUGUGAACGACUUUUAGAUGCCAUACCUAAAAUCGGAGAAAAUUUAAAAGGCUCUGAAUUGAGAGUAACACAUUACUACUCUGUGCUUGCUGAUGGUGAAGUUUGUAUUCCUUGGGAUUGGACAAUUUAAUUUAAAAUAACAAAAUGUUAUUCAAUUUCAUUAAACCUAAAAUACUAAUGAAUACUUCCGACGAGCAAUUAUUUUUAAGAGAAAUUGAAAAAAUAAGAUAUAAUGUAUUUUUUCCCAAUAAAUAGCAACUUUAGCUAUGUGACUAUGUGUACAUUUCAAAACUUGUCUGUAAGAGCGAGAAAUUAAAAAAAAAUUAAUUA